UUGAGGGAGAAAGAGCAACCGACAAGGCAAUCAAAAUCAAUUUAUACGGCGAGUGCUGCAGGGGUUUCCUGGGGAAGAAGCAAGCUGUGAAAAUCGAAAUCGAAGCGGAAUGGAUGUGAUAAAGACACAGCAAAUAGCGGCGAGACCCAUCGAGAAGGUGAUAGUACAUCCUCUGGUACUGCUCAGCAUCGUCGACAACUACAACAGGGUCGCCAAGGACACUCGCAAACGCGUAGUUGGAGUUUUGCUUGGUUCCACCUUUAAAGGCACCGUAGAUGUCUCUAACAGCUAUGCAGUACCAUUUGAAGAAGAUGAAAAGGAUCCAAGCAUCUGGUUUCUUGACCACAACUACCACGAAUCAAUGUUUUCCAUGUUCAAGAGAAUAAAUGCCAAGGAGCAUGUUGUAGGAUGGUAUAGCACUGGUCCAAAGCUGCGGGAAAAUGACCUGGAUGUUCAUGGAUUGUUUAACGACUAUGUUCCGAAUCCUGUCCUGGUCAUAAUUGAUGUCCAACCCAAGGAACUGGGAAUACCAACAAAAGCCUACUAUGCUGUUGAAGAAGUUAAAGAGAACGCCACACAGAAAAGCCAGAAAGUGUUUGUGCAUGUGCCUUCAGAAAUUGCUGCCCAUGAAGUUGAGGAAAUUGGAGUGGAACACCUGCUUAGGGAUGUGAAAGAUACCACCAUUAGCACCCUUGCAACAGAGGUGACCGGGAAGCUAGCAGCACUGAAGGGUUUGGAUGCCAGGCUCAGAGAGAUACAGGGUUAUCUUGACCUUGUUAUUGAUGGAAAGAUCCCAUUAAACCAUGAGAUUCUUUACCAUUUACAGGAUGUGUUCAAUCUACUGCCGAAUCUCAAUGUGGCUGAGUUGAUCAAGGGUUUUUCAGUGAAAACGAAUGAUAUGAUGUUGGUAAUAUAUCUCUCUUCCCUUAUACGAAGCGUGAUCGCUCUCCACAACCUGAUCAACAACAAGAUCCUCAAUAAAGAACACGAGAAAGCAGAAGACUCAAAGCCAGUUGCCGUACCAGCUACAGCUGGAAGCUAGAAAUGUAGAUCUCAUCGGGCUUGGAUUUUUGGGGGGGAUUUAUUGUUUAUUUCUGAGUACUGAAUGAAUUUUAAAAUCUGAGUCUUGGUGACUUUUGCUGGCCAGCUUGGGGUACACGUGGACAUUUAUCUAGUUUGGUCGAUCCUUGGGUUUACUUGGGUCCGGAUGAGCCAGUGUAUCCUGUGUACUUUAUGCCGGUCUUAAUUCGCAGCUUGAUAACAAGAAAUAUUAUUGGGAGCAGCCCCUGUUUGGGAUCAGCCGAUGCACACCAUACGUGGCAGUGGCUUAAUGACGAAAAUCUCCUUAGCUUUU